CUCUGUCUCUCAAGCAAAUAAAUAAAAAGAAAGAAAGAAUGGAAGGAAGGAAGGAACGAACAAAUGAACAAACCAGCUGUUGAGUUGUUUUGAAACCUUGAUGUCCAUUGAUUAUUUUUGACUCAAAAGUUGAAACUUUGCCUAGGUCCAGUGAUGGGAACUGUGGCCUUGGGGAGCAGUGGGGUGUGAGUCCACGAAAGGAGGAGCCCGGUGCCUUUAUGGAGAUCAAGGGAGCAGGGGGAUAACCUGAGGGGGAUUUCAAGAGGGGAGUUAGAUCACCCCCUUCCUUCCACAGAAGUGGGGGGCCAAUGUUUCCUUUCCAGGAUUUAUCAAGUAACGUGGGGUCACAGGAGACCCAGGGGUGGACAGACAAGGAGAAGUCACUAAAGCACUGGCAGGCCCCAGUCCCUUUCCCAGGGACAUCAAGCCUCUUUCCUCAGCAGCAUCCUCUCUGCAGCCCUCUGUCCCCUCCUUUAGAUUUAUGCCCCCAACUGCGGCCCUCCCCAGCUUCCGCAGCCCAGGUCUCCCUUCCCCCAUCCUCCAGGGGAGGAGAAUGGGAGUCACUUGUGGACCCCAGUCUUUCGUUUCCUGCUAACCUUUGCUGAGCACCUACUGUGUGCCGGCCAGGAAUUUCCUCAGUUACCCAGCCCUUCCUGCAACCGCGGACUCUCUAUGUCCCCACUUCUCUGAAGAUGUUCUGAGUAGGGACUGAAAAGAGAAAGCAUUUGCAGAGAGUGGUGUUGGUUCCUGAGCUGAGGACAAAUGAGCUGGGAGCUGUCUCAUCAGGUGUCUAAGUUUUCUUCCCUCAGUUUCAGACCAAGGCCAUGGAGCCUUUAGGGGGAUCUAAUACUACAGAAUGACAUUAGUGUUCUUGGUGAAAACAAAACGAGGUCAGAUGUUGGUGUGUCAUUCAUUCUGACCCAUGCAGUAGAUGCUAGAAAUGGUCUGAAGGAGCUCUAGGCCCCUCUCUGCUGACCACACUAGUGAGCAGAGGUGUGGAUGGAGCCCAACCACCAGCCUGACCUGUCAGCCUCAGGUGCCUACUCAGCAGGGGGACUUGUCAUCAGAGAGUGGGGCAUUUCAAGCCCUAGGAAAAGAGCCCUUCUCCGUGGUUCCCAUUCCCCACUGCAUGACCUGCUUUUCAUAGCUGUUGGGAGUCUGAACCCAGGGGAGCACUGCCGUAAUCAUCCGUCAGCACAGAGGCCCAUGAAAUGGUGAGUCAGGCCAGGUCCUGUGUUGGAGUCGUUCCAAGUCAUCCUUUUCUAAAUCCAGAGACAGCCCCUGGAUGUCACCUGUCUUCUCAAGAACUAGGAUACUCCUGGGACUACUCAGCCCUUGAGCGACAUUGUCGGACUUCCCUUAGCCAAGAUUGCUCUAUUCACCUACCCGGGAGUCAGGGUUGGGACAUACCUCCCCAGCUGAGCGUGGGAGUUGUGCCUUGGGCUGGGUGUGCCAUGGGUAAGGUUUGCCUCCACCACUUCCCAACUCUGUCCCACACAGGGUUUGGAUCUGCCCCCCAGGGGUGUGCCCGUGAUCUGACCUCUCGCUCCCACCAUCCUUGCUAUAGAAUGGCUGAGCUCUCUGGUUUUUCCUGAGGCAACAUGUACGUUAUUUGAUUCUGAAGCUCACUAACCUUCAUGGGUAGUGGCGCAUAGAGAUGCUUCUUUGGCUCUUCACCUUAGGAAAUUUGUGGCUCCGCUUCUGUCAGAGCUUUUGGACCCGGAAGAUGUGGGUGAGUGGCCCCCAGUCCCUCAGGAUGAGCUGGUGGCCAGGGUCAUCUUGGGGAAUCGUGUUUCUAGAGGUUUAUUCUAAGAGCUGCCAUAGACUCCAACAUCCUUCUGUCCCUGCAUCUCAGGGUCCUAGGUGUGGCUCCUCUCUCUCAUCUCUUACUUCUUUUUCUUUAUCAGCUUCCCUCCUAAUUUUGGUGAGUUCUUUGCUCCCCUUGAUUCCUGGUCUCCCCUGCCUCUGUACAUCCGAUUAGCCACUGUGUCAGCUGACUUCAUCAUCCCUUCCUUCCACUGUCACACAACCCCCACCAGGCUUCUCAGCUCACCAGAUCACCUAGUGUGUGCCUAGUCCUAGAGGUGGAAGGAAACGCCCACUGGGGGCCCUGCCCUGGGGUAGUAGCUAUUGUGUCUUCUGUCCGUAACUUUGUGUAUUUACCUGGUCACUGGUUCAGGAGAGCUGGGCCUGCCUGGAGUGCUGUGAGGUUCCUCGUUGGUAUCAACUCCUAAGGACCCAGUCCUGGAGCUUCUCCUCUUUCCAGUUUUCAGAAAUAGCCUCCCUGUAGGUGGGCCCUGCUACCUCUGGCCUCAGGACCUUGGAGGCACAUCUACUCUGGGGGUGACGCUUUCUUUUUCUUCUUAUCAUGGAGAUUCACCUAAGGGCAGAGAAUUCCAAAGAGCUAGGAACCUCAAACUCAUUUCUUUGUGGGUUUGGGGGGGAGGGGCGUGGGCAAAACCAAUUCUGCUUGUUUUACAUUAAUGAAUUUGUCUUAACUUUUUCCCCUAAAAAUAAAAAUUAAGCUUAUCGACGUGUCUGCCCUCAUGACAAACGAUUUCGGUCCCUGGGCCGGAGGUGGGGAUUUCCAGGAAGUCUCUCUGGGCGGAGUCCUCCUUUCUCACCGGCACUGCUCAGACCACCCAGGACAAGCCCCGUCUCAGCAUCGACCUCACCAGCAAGGUCUUUCCCAUCCUUGGCAGCUUCCCCCAUCAGGGCUGGGGGAGAGCGAGAGGCAGCCACCAGGACUGUCUGAGGUCACACAACUUCAGGUUGGACUUGAAUUUCUUGCAUCUAGGCUAAUUGGUGUGUUGAUGCAUCCACCUCUAGAAAUUAUAAAGUGGCUCACCCGGGAGCCCUGGGUCUGUUGCCAGUGGUAGAGGGAGGAGAGCUCUUCUCAGUGGGUUCCAGCAGACUGCCAGCCGGGGCUCAGAGGACCAGCCUCUCCCACUGUCUCCUGAGCCCAGGCUUCUUGGCCGUUACCUUCCCCCUGCUCCAUGGCAGCUAUCACGGAUCUCUCCUUUAUGUACCGCUGGUUUAAGAACUGCAAUCUGGUGCGCAACCUUUCAGACAAGUACGUCUUCAUCACGGGCUGUGACUCGGGCUUCGGGAACCUGCUGGCCCGGCAGCUGGUCGAUCGGGGCAUGCGGGUGCUGGCUGCUUGCUUCACAGAGGAGGGUGCCCAGAAGCUUCGGCAGGAUACCUCUUACCGGCUGCAGACCAUCCUCUUGGAUGUCACCAAGACCGAGAGCAUACAGGCAGCGACCCAGUGGGUGAGAGACCAAGUGGGCGAGCAAGGCCUCUGGGCCCUGGUGAACAAUGCUGGUGUAGGCCUGCCCAGUGGACCCAAUGAAUGGCUGAUGAAGGAGGACUUCGUGAAGGUGAUCAAUGUGAACCUGGUAGGACUGAUCGAAGUGACCCUCCAUAUGCUACCCCUGGUCAAAAAAGCUCGGGGCAGGAUCGUCAACAUGUCCAGCUCUGGAGGUCGUGUGGCUGUCAUUGGUGGCGGCUACUGUGUCUCCAAGUUUGGUGUCGAGGCCUUCUCUGACAGCAUCAGGCGUGAGCUCUACUACUUUGGGGUGAAAGUCAGCAUCAUUGAGCCCGGGAACUAUCGAACAUCCAUCCUGGGCAAGGAGGGCCUGGUGUCCCGCAUGCAAAGGCUGUGGGAGCGGCUGCCUCAGGAGACCCGGGAUAGCUAUGGGGAGGAGUACUUCCGCAACUAUACUGACAAGUUAAAAAACAUGAUGCAGCUGGCAGAGCCAAGGAUCAGGGAGGUCACCAACAGCAUGGAGCACGCCAUCAUUUCCCGGAGCCCCCGCAUCCGCUAUAACCCGGGCCUGGACGCCAAACUCCUCUACAUCCCAUUGGCUAAGUUGCCCACCCCUGUGACAGAUUUCAUCCUGAGCCGGUACCUUCCAAAGCCAGCAGACAGUGUCUGAGCUGGGGAAGUCCAGGGAUGGUCAGUAGAGUGUGGAGGAGGGAGGGGGGUGGGAGAAGAGACUGUAGGGUCCCAAGAGGUGGUAUCAGACAUUCUGAGGGACGCUUUGCUUGGCUGACACCCACUGCCGGAGAAUUUAUGGAUAACUUCUAGCAGAAGACAACUGCCUCUUCCCACUUACUGGGACUCUGCAGAAACCCCAGCUGGCCUUUGCAGAUGCAAAGACCUACAGCAUGGCCCCAAGAACAUCUGUGACUCAUUAGGGAUACGGGUUUUUCUGGACGUGAAAAUGUCAAGGGGAGGAAACCGAGCUCCUGCUGAAUCAUGAGCCUCUGUCAGUUAUCACCAGCACUGGGAAAUACUGCAGGAUAGUCGAGCCCACAGAAGCAUCUCAACGACUUUCCUACUGAGUCUCUAAAUAUGCAUUAACCUCAUUCCCACAACCCAUUAUUUAAAAUAUGUAGUAGAGCAGACAGGGAGUGCAAGAUUAUAUCAAGUAAAAGUUUAUGAUGUUUUCUUUCUAUACAGAUCUCUCUGUUCAUAGAUGAUUGGGAUCCACAUAAAAUAACAUUCAUUUAUUUAAUCACCAUUGAUUAAUUUUUCAAGUAUUUAUUGAGUGCCUGCAACAUACCAGGCACUAUGUAAGUGCUGGAAGGAUGUAAUGAGGAUUAAAUCAUGGUCUUGGGUUUUUUUGUUUUUUAUUUUGUGGUUCUGUUUUUUAACACAAUAUCUAGUAGCAGAGAUAGGACAAACAGUGACAGAAGAAACAGAAAUCAGAAAAUCACAUUUUUAGCUACGAGGAACCCAGAGGCCAUCUAAUCCAGUAGCUCCCUGUACAUCAUAAAUCGCCUGGUUAGUUAAAAAUACAGAUUCCUGGCCCCAAUGUUAGAUUAUCUGAUUCAGUAGCUUGGGACGGGGCCCAGGAAUCUGUGUUUGUAACAAGGUGAUGAUUCUGAUGUCCUUGGGUGCAUGGGAACCACCGAUAUAGCUCCACAGUAGUACCGAAUGCUCAGAGGAGGAAGUGACCUAUCUAAGGCCUCCCAAGGUGAUGGCCAAGACAAAACUCAGUGUUCAGAUUCCCAGAGUUACAGUUACAGAGAAUACAUUUUUGACAUUAGUAACAUUGUCAAAUAAGUCAUGAAACUAAAUUAAAAAAAAAAAACACCAAACUUCUAAGUCAUGUGAAGUUCUAUUGAAAAGACGUUUUUGCUCUUGAGAGUGGUCAUGUAAUAAAAGUCAAAUGUGAAUUUUUAAAAUUAAAAUUUCUUUAUUGGUGUCUCUUCAACAUCCAACUGAACUGGAAAAUGACAAAAUGAAUGUUUAAUUACCUCUGCAGAGACCUUUUCUCCAAAUAAGUUCACAUUCAUGGGUUCCAGGAAUUAUGGCUUUAGUAAUAAAGAAAGGACAGGAUUCAGUGUUUGAAUAAUAGCAUCGAGGAUGCAGAUUCUUUCUACUUUGCUCUGCCACCCAGUUUUGGCUUUAUCCCACUUAUCUUUAGUUGUGGUGUGACUGCCAAUGGCACUGGGAACUCUGUGCUUUUCCAUUCACAAUUUACUGGAGAAGAAAGGGCCUGUCUUUCCAUGGCAUUAAAGAUUAAGAAGUCUAUUUCCCAGAGCCCUCACCAAGACUCUCCUUGAGACACAAAUUUGUCCCCAGUUGGCUUAGAUUUGUCCAUCCCUGAACAAAUCAUGGGCAAGGGGGUAAGUUGCCAUGAAUAGUUUAGAUUAAUUGGGACAUGGUGGGGAGUGAGUCAUAAUGCCUACUGCCCAGGAAAAUUCAAAACUUAGACUCUGUUAUUAAGAGAGUUGAA